GUUGAGCUGGAGACAGGCAGAGCAGCUGCUUCUCAUUUGACUUAAUUGGCACAAUGUUCAAGAGAGUGAAAGAAACAGAAACACCAGCUCUAAAGGAGGGGUCCAUGGACAGCCUGUAUGAGGCAGUGCAGAACUCCAGUGAUGGUCCACCACCGCCAAUCCCCAGCCGUUCCUCCAGUCGCUCAUGCAGCCGUUCUUGUAGCCCGGCCGUCCUUCUAGAUGAAAACACAAAGUGGCGAGGGUCUGGGAGAUCAAUUUCUAUGGACAUGCCUCAGAUGCAGGGGACCGGCUCUAAAAAGAAGAAAAGAAGAACACAUAUAACCAAGUCUGCAUCAGAUAAUGAAACCCUUGAUAACCCCAGCUGUAAUACUGCAGUUUGGCAGCCUGCCAAGAGCCCGGAAGAUUUAAUCCACAUCACCAAAAAUCACAAUGAAGAGACGAGAAGAGCUAAACACAGGACAGAAACCAAAGAGAGGAAAGGAGCUCAUCAUUCUGGCACAAAGAAAAAGGAGAAGCCGACCGCAAGCCAGGGUGUCCACACCAUUGGUGUGUCUACAGAGUCUAAACCUCCUGUCAAAAGAAGCCAAAAGCCUGGAAAGAAACCAGCUGUAAAGAGUGGAAAAGAAGCGCCAAAGAAAACUCAGAACUCCACAGUGCAUUCCCCAUCAUGUGUGAUGAGCCAACAAACGGGACACCAGCAUCUGGAUGUGCCAUUCAGGUCAGACAGGAGACUCUACCAAGGCAAGUCCUCCACCCUCCCCGCUCAAGAGAACACAACCCCGGGUAAAUGCACAGAAGCGGCCACCCUACCUGGUGGAGCAACACCCACCCACACCUACCACCAGCGUUGGAGCAACCCAGGUGACACCAGUCCUGCAUGGGGGGCCGUCCAGCACACAUGCCGCAGACCGCUCACGGAGUAUCGUGUGUACUCCCAUGACUUCUCCACACCGAAUGAGAAGGAGUGGGAGGGAAGAGAGGAGCAAGGGACGGCCCAUGAUGGAAGUUGUCAGCAGGACUGUAAACCCGAGAUUCCCCCGAAGGUGUCACGAUCUAUCACAGACCUGGAUCAAUUGAAAUCAAAUCGCUCCACCAGCUUUGGCAAGUUUGAGGGUCUCAGACAUCCGACAACACAAGCCAAGCCAGAGGAAAAUGGAACAACCGUGCUUACAGAAGAAUGUGAGAGUUCAGAACCAAAUAAAUCAGCUGGAAUUGGGAAGAAGAUGAAGGCAAUCUCACUGACCAUGCGCAGAAAAAUGGGCAAAAAACAUGCCAAGUCUUUUUCAGAGGAGACGGGUGAUGACAUUGACAAAGAUCCAGAGGCAGAGACGGAGAGCAGCACUCCAGCUGAGAAAAACUCUGCAAAGACGAGCAACUCCUUAGAAAGUCUCUACAGCGGCCAGAGCUCCUCUAGUGGUGUAACCAGUGAAUCCAAUGGAUCUGGUCAGAGGGACAGUCUGAGACUGGAAGAGGAUGGCUCCUAUCAGGGACAGUUCUCUGGCAGAGCUCGCGUCCACACAGACUUUGUUCCAAGCCCGUAUGACACAGAUUCCCUCAAACUCAAGGUUGGUGACAUCAUCAAUAUCAUUAGUAAGCCGCCAAUGGGAAUCUGGACAGGCAUGCUAAACAACAAAGUGGGCAACUUCAAGUUCAUCUAUGUGGACAUUUUGGUGGAUAAAGAGGAAGAACAAGAGGCUCCUAAAGUCAGACAACAGAAGCUUUGCAGAAGACCUCGGCCUAAAACAUUGCUGGAGUUACUGGAGCGACUGAAUCUGGAGGAGUAUGCUUCUGCCUUGCUGCUAAAUGGCUAUCAGACAGUGGAAGACCUGCUACACUUAAAGGAGAAACACCUAAUUGAGCUAAAUGUAAAAGACCCAGAGCACAGACUGCGACUUCUAGCUGCUGCUGAAUGCCGCUACACAGAAGGGGCUGACGUCAUAGAGGGUGAAGAACACAAAUCCUCCCACAGUCCACAGGAGGAAGAUAGCGACUGUCCCAGAGACUCAGGCUGCUUCAUCCCAUCUGAAUGUUCAGACAGCAAAGAGGAAACAGAACCCAUCACAGAAACUGUGGAUUCUUAAUGUGUGAAUGACUGGUAUUAUUACUGUCACCCUUUUCAUUUGUCACUUUAUCAAGAAAAUAAUCAAGUUAUAAGUUAUGGCAUCUGGACUUUUCACGUUUUUGAAAGUGAUAUUUCAGUUAUUAAAUGUCACUUGUAUUUUUCCCAUUUUGUGUAUUUCACUCUUUUGCCAUAUUAAGCCUUUAUUUAUCACAUCUGCAUCACGUUGACCCUUUUCUUUAAACCCAUGCUUGAUUCAACAUCUCGUGUUUUGUUUGUUUUUGCUCUGAUUAAAGGGAUCUCUGUGAACUUGUUUAUGGAAAAUAUAGAGUCACGAUUUGAGCAAUGCAUUAUCAAAUCUUGUCUACAUAUUGUACAGAAAAAAAAGAAAAAACAAGCAAAUGUGUCAUCUAUCUUCUGAAUGUGAGAGUCUGGAUGAUUGUAUAUGUGUAAAAACAGCCUUUGUAUGCAUUCAUGAGAAAAUAAAUCAUCCAUCUGUUUUCACAGCUUUUUGUAAAUAAACUAAAAGAAUGAAAACUUUGUCA